CGUGACCACCACACGCACAACAAACAACACAAAACUAGUUUUCUUUCCCUGACUUUGGACACAGAGAAAUGGAGAUGGACUAUGUUAAUGAUUUUCCAAGGAAUCAACAGAAAACCAGUGGAAAUUUACAACAAACAGAGAGAAGACUGGGCCAGGUGCUUUUCCUCAGCUUCGGUCUGCUGUGUGUCAUACAGGCCGUUCUCAAUGUGUCCCUCCGUCUCACAUUGUAUUAUGGCAAGGAAUGGACAAACUCAGACUGCAACAUAACUCAUACCAGUGACUACAACCAGCUGACAGAGGUGCAAACUGGUGGUGAGACGAUAAAUCACUGCAACAAAUUACAGGAAAGUUUCAACGCCUUGACCAAAGAGAAAAACCAACUUCAAAACCUAAUUACUAUAUUCAGUAAUCAGCUGAGUAUGGCGCUGGAGCAGAACAAAAAGCUGCAAAAGGAGCUGAAGGAUAAGUGUUCAUCCACGGAUAGUUCUGGUUGUCCGACAGACUGGAGGGAGAUUGGUGGUAGAUGUUACUUCCUCUCCAGUGAGAUGAAAACAUGGGUGGAAAGCAGAAAUUACUGUCAAAGACAAGGCGCGGACCUGGUGGUGAUCAAUAGUACAGAGGAACAGAGAGCCUUGUACCGUCUGGAUGGGGACCAUGAGCUUUUGUUCUGGAUUGGUCUGGAUGGCAGAGAUGGGGAUUUCAAAUGGGUCGAUGGUUCCGCACUGACAAGACCAUUCUGGCAGGAAGGACAACCAGAUGAUGGAGGUCCAAACACCAAAGUUGAAGACUGUGUGGAGAUGUAUCACCACAACCCCGUGUACGCCAACUGGAAUGACGCACCCUGUGAAAGCACACGCCGCUGGAUGUGUGAAAAAGCUGAAUGAUGUUAUUUACAAUUUAAUGAAGCAAAAGAUGUUUUUUCAUGGAAUGGAAAAUUUCCAAUGAUAAAAAACUCAAGGUUUGGAAACAAUUUCAAUAUCAGUAUAUGAUGUGCCACAUUCUGUACUCUGCUACUUUUGAGAUACUUGGUGCUAUUUUUGUGAUGUUUUUGUAGUUUGUUACAUGUCAAACUGUGUGUGAAAUUGACAAAGUGCUUGCGGUGAGAUGUCUGUGUAGGUUCUCAUUUGCCCAGGUCAUUGUUCUUUGAGGUAGUUCUUCUCAGUUCAACUGGACUGCUUUAGCUCUUUUGAAAACAUUUUGUCUCUUGGAUGAGAGACGAAACAUUUUGACAAAAUGUAUCAGUCGUCGUUUGUUAUCUGAAGAAGAACUGAAGAAGUCUCUCAGAUGAGAUGAAACGUUUUCAAAAGAGCUAAACCAGUCCAGUUGAGGUGAGAUAAAAUCUGAAUGCAGUCUGUUCACAUGUUCAGUUUAACCUUUUAACAUUUACUCUUUCUGGGAACCCUCAUUUGCAGGCUUCUUUUGAAAGAGAAAAUCCUCAAAUUUCUGUAUUUCACAUCUAAACAUCAGUUUAGACACGGCUCAAAUGUAACCUGAACUUUUAACUCCACCGUAACUCUAAAUCUGAAAUGAUAGAGGACAUUUAGAGGUUAACCCUCCUAGACAUAGAAGCAGCCACUGGUGACAAAAAGUAUUCAUUCAUCUUUCUUUCUUUCUUUUUUUUUUUUUUUAACCUUUAUUUAG